AUGAAUGGAAUUUUGCAGGAAUCUCAUACUUGUCUGCAGCUGAAGGCAUUAAUGAAGAAAAGCCACGAUGAUAUCUGCCAGUCGCAGCUGUCCUUCUAUACAACGUGGGUUUCACGCGGAUCCGUCGUUGAAAUUGAAACGUUGGGAUGCAAAUCAGGCCUAGGCCUUGACAAGCGCUCACGUGGAGAUUCGCCAUCCCUGAUGCUUCUUCCGCGCGCGCCUCAUAAAACCAGCAAAUUGAAAAACAGUCUCUAUCUUUCCGCUCCCCUCUUCUCAGCGCUCUUCUCCGCGUGCGACGCGACGCACGUAGCUCCCGUGCCUCCACGAUCGGCCCUAUGGAAGGCCAAGACUUCCUUUCUCACAAAUAUUGGUUGCAUUCCCUUGGCACAACCGCCUCCUCGCUCCCUCCGCAUAUUAGUGCAGCCCACCUCGUCGCGCCUCCAAAGAUUCACACUCAAGGCUAAACUCCUUCAGCAACCUCCACAUGCAUCUGAUACCGUGGGCACCAUAAAGUACUGGCGGUCAGAUCUUCGUAUAUCCUACUACAAGACCCGGAGACAUAACAUACGGAUAUGCAGAUCCUAUGGUUUAUCCUACAAGCUGCUGAUGUUCUUUGUCCAAAGGCGGAGAGGCGAGUCUUCUGCCCAUCCGUCAACUACCACUGACUAUAUACUUUUACUAUACCAGAUCCUAUGUUCACAUGUACAAGCUGCCAGUGUUCUUUCUCCUCCUGCUGGAAGUGCAACUACCUUAGGUCUUCACGCAUUUCCAAGCCGAGAGUUCCAGCACACCGUUAAUUUGAUUACAUGGAUCCCAUGCCCACAUUUACAAGCCGCUGGUGUUCUUUCUCCUCCAGCUGGAAACAGAAAUCGUGGGGAAGCUCUUGCAUGUUUUGACCUCCUCUUCUCGUCGAUCGUCAACUCUCAACUCCAAAUCGACGGGUACAAAGGUGCUGGCGGAUUUUCUGCCGUAUCCUCAACUGAUUUUGGUUAUCCUCUUACAUAGGUAAUUUUCCAUACCCAUUCGGAGUGGGUAUGCAGAACGACCUAUGUAACGAGAACCACCAGCUAUUCUAUUCUCCGUUUGCGGUGAUAUGACGAGCGAGAGGAACGAGGAGUCUAAAGGACAAGUACAAUCUCAGUCUCUUGAAAGAACUGAGAUGCCCGGGCGCUACAACUGGCGCUUUUAAGGUAAGUAGCUUGACUACGGUUAGAUAUGAAAGCGAAACAUAAAAUAUUCUAGGACGCGAGCCGACGUCAAUACGUCGCUCGCCUUUGUCCGUUUUGGCUUGUGCUCGUACCUCUCACUCAUCCUCUGUUCCUAUCUCGGAUCCGUCGGUCUUCCUCGUCUCGGAUCUCUCGGAUUCCACCACCGUUCUGUCUUGAGUCUUCGUAGAUGUAGGGGAUAUAUUUCUGCCCAUAUGUGUCGAUCCCACACUGUUCAGUACAAGCUGUCGAUGUUUAUUGUUCUC